AUGGAUUUAGAUUGUUUUAUAGUGCCAGGUCAGGCACGUACCAACUUGUCCUUUCGACCAACUGUCUUCACUCCAUCUGCAUCGUUUACAGACUCACAUACCAUCAGUGAGUUACUCUUGUCCGACUCUGCUCAACCGACACCUGUUAACUUGGCUCAACUUUUUAUAAAAGGCAUUGAAAAAAACAGCGUUCUUAUUGAUAUCACCGAUAUCAAAGAUGAAGAACUUCUGUUUGAUUUUAACAAGAAUAUGGACGAGAACAGUGGCUAUGAAGAUUAUUGCGGUCGCGUGCCUAUGACCCGCAAAUAUCUCAACCGUUCGUUUAUGGAAACUGUUUGGAGAAAAGACAGUUUGGGUCGCCAAACAAUCUUGAAUGAAGGAGUGUAUUUGGUUGACGGUACCUUUAUUAAAGGCUUUCCCAGUUACCCAGCUGAUGCGCGCAUUGGAAAAUCCCUUUAUACCUACACUCCCCCUUCCCCUUUUUUUUAG